CUCUCACUUUCAUUAUACACUCAGUCACUCAGACACCCAUCUUCUCUCUGACUUUCGUCCAGACGCCACAGGUCAUCUCUUCUCUCUCGUCUCUACUCUCUCAAUCUAAAUCGACGAUUCUCUUCUCUCUUUUUUUUGGUCAACCGGCUGUAGAAGUUUUCGCUCGAGUGGGAUCUUGGCCCAGUGACCAUCGCCUAUCCUCCUCUCUUCUCCUCAACUACCAGUUACACCCCCUGCUACCGGAUCCUUCAGGUACACCUUCAAAUGGCGUCUUCUUCAACUUCAUCCGUUCAAAAGAGCUUUAAGUAUGAUGUGUUUUUGAGUUUUAGAGGCGAAGACACUCGUACAAACUUCGUUGAUCAUCUUUAUCAUGCUCUUCAGAACAAAAGCAUUCAUACUUACAAGGACGAUGAGAGAAUCAAAAAAGGGAAAAAGAUUAGUGAUGAGCUCAUCGGAUCGAUUGAAGAUUCAAAAUUCUACAUCAUUGUUUUCUCCAAGAACUAUGCCGCUUCAUCUUGGUGCUUGGAUGAACUUGUGAAGAUAAUGGAAUGUCAUAGAACAACCGAGCAUACUGCCUACCCUGUUUUCUAUGACGUGGAACCCUCCGAAGUCAGAAAACAAAAUGGGGCAGUUGGAGAAGCAUUUGCCAAGUAUGAAAUGGAAGAGGCUGCUGGGAAAUGGAGACAGGCUCUGAAAGAAGCAACAGAUCUGGCUGGAUGGGAGUUGAAGAAGACUUCUGAUGGGCAUGAAGCUAAAUUUAUCCAAAAGAUUGUUGAAGAGCUUUCACUAGAGCUACGUUCCAUUAGUUUCAACUAAAGUCACAUAGUUCAUGGUACGGUCCAGUACGGGAACAGAGAAUGGGAACGGGAUUCAUGAGGUUGGGCGUAUCCGGUACGACGGGGGUAGGUUCAUUUCGGUAUAUGUCCGGUACGGCAUACCAUUGGUCCCGAUACGGUGUAUCUGUUUUUAGAACACAUGUUUAGCAAUGAUUUACUUAUAAACAUAAUUUUCAGCAACAUAUUUCAUUUAGAAGUAGAAUUCCAACAAUAUAUUUCAUUUAGAAACAUAAUUCCAACAAUAUAUUUUUAUAAA